GUUUGUUAUUAUCCUAAUCCAACCAACCAAUCGCACGACAUGAUAUUGUGUUUGUGAUGUUGUCGUGUCGUCCUCCGAUAGGCUAGCCAUAAAAUAGCGGUAUGAAUGGGAAAAAGAGAACACCAUGUCAUAUUUGUAUGACGGCGAACAACACAAAAUUCAAAAGUUUACAAAUUGCAAUAAAAACUGUGCAGUUGCUUCUUCACUCCCACUUUUCCAUUAUUUUCUUUAUCUUAGCGCAUAAGCCAGCGACCACACCAUAUUUCCCGUAGCAUCUGAAUCAGCACAGGAAAAGAAAUGGCGGUGUUGCACAUGGAAUCCCUGCCACUGGGUUUUAGAUUCAGGCCGACGGACGAAGAGCUGAUAAAUCACUACCUCAGGCUGAAGAUCAACGGCCGUGAUUCUGAAGUGGACGUCAUCUCUGAAGUCGAUGUUUGCAAAUGGGAGCCCUGGGAUUUACCUGGUCUAUCAGUAAUAAAGACAGAUGAUCCCGAAUGGUUCUUCUUCUGCCCGCGUGACCGCAAGUAUCCCAACGGUCAGCGUUCCAACAGGGCCACCGAUGCUGGCUACUGGAAAGCAACAGGCAAGGACCGCACCAUCAGAGCUCGAAAGUCAGGGUCCAAUCCUAUCUGUAUUGGCAUGAAAAAGACUUUGGUUUUCUAUAGGGGGCGUGCUCCAAAGGGGGAGCGCACCAAUUGGAUUAUGCACGAGUAUCGCCCUACUCUUAAAGAUCUUGAUGGUUCUGCCCCUGGCCAGGGUGUUUUUGUCCUCUGUCGCUUAUUCCGGAAACCAGAAGAGAAGUCUGAUAUUGUAAAAUAUGAUGAAGUAGAGCAAACUGGAUACUCCCCUACCACUUCGAAGUCCUCACCUGAUGACACCUCAUCAGAUAUAGUUCAAGAAACAGAAACAUCUGUCAUGCAAGUAGGGAAACAAUCUGAAGGGAUAACAAGUUGGACGGUAGAUGAUUCAGAUAACAUGAUCUCUAGUGCUUCAUUACAUGUGGAUAGCUGUUGCAAUAGUCACUCGGAAGUCGAAGAUCAUGCAGCAGAAGCGACAGCUUUGGGAGUAUAUCCACCACUGGAGGAAGAUUCUAAUUUAUUUGAGCCCAUGACUGGUGAAAUUGAUUGCAAAGUUUUCUCCCCAAUGCCAUAUGAUACUCAUGCGGGCCUAGCGCAUUACAUGGAUUCCCCUUAUGCAUGUGAUUUUGGCAAUGAUGAUAAUGGUUUCAAUUUUAUGGAUGGCACUAGUGAACCUGAUGUCUCCCUAACGGAGUUGUUGGGUGAGGUAUUUAAUAACAACGAUGACUAUUCUGGUGAAAGGUUAACCACUCUAAAGAACUCGAUUGUUGGAAGUGAGACUCAGUUGCCUGCUCGUAUACCAUGGCAAAACUUCCAUAUCAAGGAUAAUGGCGCAUACAAUGAAACCAACAAGGGAAUGGCUCAGGUCCAGAUGCAAGCAUCAUACGGAUAUUGGAGAACUCAAACAUCAUCCUUUGAUGAAGAACUUGGAAGAAGUAAUAUUUGUGACCUUGGCCAUGAGUCUGUUAAGCAGGAUGCUCCAUCUGCUCUUUCUGCAGUGGGACCAUCCUUCAAUUUAUUCAAUGACAUGGAAGAAUCAAUCAAGGAAUUGAGUCCUGGAAACCAACGCAGUGCUGUCGGUGGAACUGGGAUUAAGAUUAGAACCCGCCAGCCUCAGGUGCGCUCUCAUGCAGAUAACUUUGCAAGUCAGGGCACUGCUCCAAGAAGACUCCGUUUGCAGAUGAAAAUUGCUACAGUGCCUGCUGGAAAGGGAGUGGAAAGAGACGCAAGUCACAGAAGCCUAGGAGAUGAAGAUGAAGUUCAAUCGGGUGCAACAGAGGCAGCAAAUGCUGAAGAUCAUAAUCCUGCCUUUGAUGAACUGCAGAAGGAAAGGCAGCUAGACAAUUCAAAGGAGAGCGAAAAGAUUACCAAGGAAUCUUCUUUGAAUUUAAGGUUGAGGGUGAAACAGAAUGGUAAAUCUGGCAGCAGUGAGAUAGAGUCGUCGGCAUUACCUGAUUUAGCUCCAGUAAAACGGGGCCGCAGUUCAUCAUCAGUUUAUAUAGUUGGGAUUCUGUUAGUCCUUGUCCUUUUCCUAGUUCUUGUUGGAAUGUGGAUAAAGAUUACUUGUAUUAUGAAGUCGGUCAGACUAUAGAAUGGUUAUAGGCGUAGUUUGUCCUUGAGGAGGAUGGUGUAGUCUUAUAAUUAUAAUGGUGCAUGCGUAGGUCGAGGGAGCAGCAAUGUGCAGUACUGGGUGAUGUUUAUCUCUGAUGUGCAGUCGUUGGUUAGGUAAAAAAAAGUGGAAUUAUGGCUUUACUCAUGAACUGGGUAUAAACAUUACAUUUUUUAUUUCUCCCCCGGUGGUUGAUUUGGCUUUGUUACACAUUGGCGGUGUAUUUAACCAAAUUUGAAUCCCAAAAAAAUAGUCUUUUUAUGUUUUA